GGCGGAGGGAGAGCGCAGGCCCCAGCUCUGGGGAAAGUUUGUCUGCCACUGCUACAGCGGGGAUUUGACCAGGACGUGCGGGACCCAGAGCCCAUCCCGGCCGCCCAGCGCUACUCGCUAGCUAUGGGCCUUCGCCCAGCUGUCCUCCUGCUCUGUGCCUCUGUGUCUUUGCUGGGGGGCCUGACCUUCGGAUAUGAGCUGGCCGUCAUAUCUGGUGCCCUCCUACCACUCCAGCUGAACUUUGGGCUGAGCUGUCUCGAACAGGAGCUCCUGGUGGGCAGUCUGCUCUUAGGUGCUCUCCUCGCCUCCCUUGUUGGGGGCUUCCUCAUUGACUGCUAUGGCAGGAGACGAGCCAUCCUAGGGAGCAAUGCGGUGCUGCUGGCUGGCAGCCUGAUUCUGGGUCUGGCCAGCUCCUUGCCCUGGCUGCUCCUGGGCCGUUUAUCCGUUGGCUUUGCCAUCUCUCUGUCUUCCAUGGCAUGCUGUAUCUACGUAUCAGAGUUGGUGGGGCCGCGGCAGAGGGGUGUGCUGGUGUCCCUCUACGAGGUGGGCAUCACUGUGGGCAUUCUGUUCUCUUAUGGCCUCAACUAUGUCCUGGCUGGCAGCCCUUGGGGCUGGAGGCACAUGUUUGGCUGGGCGGCUGCGCCUGCUCUCCUACAGUCACUCAGCCUCUUUCUUCUCCCUGCUGGUGCAGAGGGCACAGCAGCCCCCAAAGACCUCAUCCCACUCCAGGGAGGGGAAACAAGCAAACCAGGCCUGGUGAAGCCACAGUACAGCUUUCUGGACCUCUUCAGGGCCCAGGACGGCAUGUGGAGCCGGACUGUAGUGGGGCUGGGGCUGGUGCUGUUCCAGCAGCUCACAGGACAGCCCAAUGUGCUGUAUUAUGCCUCUACCAUCUUUCGCUCCGUUGGCUUCCACGGGGGCUCCUCAGCUGUACUGGCUUCUGUGGGGCUUGGCACAGUGAAGGUGGCUGCCACGUUGGUCGCCACAGGGCUGGUGGACCGUGCAGGCCGCAGAGUCCUCCUGCUCUUUGGAUGUGCUCUCAUGGCCUUAUCGGUCAGCGGCAUAGGCCUGGUCAGCUUUGCUGUGUCGCUGGACUCCGGACCCAGCUGCCUGGCCACAUCCAAUGCCAGCCAGCAGGUGGAUCUGCCUGGAAGCUCGGGUCUGCUUGUGCGCUCAUCUCUGCCACCAGUGCUACACACCAAUGGGGACCAAGGACAGCCAGUCCUGUCAGUCACUGAGAGACCCAUCCAUCCAGUCACCAUGGCAUCCCUGGCACCAGUUCUGAACACUGCCUCCCCAGUUCCCACCAGUCCCAUCCUCGAGCAUACCCUGCUGUGCUGGUCUGCACUGGUUUGCAUGAUGGUCUAUGUGAGCGCCUUCUCCGUUGGCUUUGGACCAGUAACCUGGUUGGUCCUCAGUGAGAUCUACCCAGCGGAGAUCCGAGGGAGAGCCUUCGCCUUCUGCAGCAGCUUCAACUGGGCAGCUAACCUCUUUAUCAGCCUCUCCUUCCUCGACCUCAUUGGUGCCAUCGGCUUGGCUUGGACCUUCCUGCUCUAUGGGUUGACCGCUGUCCUUGGCCUGGCUUUCAUCUACUUACUUGUUCCUGAAACCAAAGGACAGUCUUUAGCUGAAAUAGAGCAGCAGUUUCAGACAAGCAGGUUCCCUCUAAGCUUUGGCCGUAGGCAGCGCAUCCGUAUUCAGUACCAUCGCCUGGAUGUCUCCUCAGCCUCCUGAGGCAUCCGUCUGCUUGGAAGAUGCUGGGACAUUGGUUCCUGCAGCCUAUCUCCUGCUCCUGCCUGCUGGGGUCUGAAACUCCUGAUACAGAUUUCCUUCUGUAGUGACCUCUGCUCCCAGAGGCUGCCUCUUGCUGGUGUGAGAGAUG